AUGGUGGGGUAUCCACCAGCGGCGGCGCAAAUCACGGGAUCGAAAUGUGGCCAUACGAAAAUGUUGAAGGACGUGAGUUGGCAUAUCAACAAGCCGAUUUAUGCCGGCAACGACGAUCAAUGGAUUGGUCGUAUGGUGGAUUCUCAAGGCCUUCCUCCACCUGCAUCGUCGUCGACUUCCAUUUUUGGACCCCAAGCGAUGGGGCAAUUUCUUCAUUCGUUUCGGCUCCUAGUGAGCCUGUGGGGGUUCGCAACCUCACACUACGGACUACGUCACGGCAAUUCGCAAGUAGUUGCGAAUGUGGCUCCCACGAGCUUUCCAAAUCCAGUUACCGAGCCAUUUUUCAAGGAGCUGAAUGUGGGCAACCCCGUCUCGGAUUACCACUUAGCAACGGAAUUCUCGGUGGUUGAGCAAUCGACAUCGAUGAGAGACGCAGCGAUGCGUCUGGACGAGCUCGUAGCAUCCUCGGAUGCAAAUGCGAUCGCGAAGAUGGGUCAUCAAAUGGUGAAGGCGAUGGAAUCACUGUGGUCUGAAGUUCGCCAUGUGGAGCUCAAGAACUUCAGAGUGCUGUGGCACAAAGUGAUUCGAUUUUGGGACUCAAUGACGCUUUUGUCCUCGUUCACGAUCUCCGUCACCGGACUACGAUCAACCUCGUUCGUACAAUCUGUACGCAAGAAGAAUCACUAA